AUGUCGUCGCCCGUUGUUCCAACACUCUUGCCAAAACACUCGAAAAAACGACGUGCCGGAGACGCACCAAAUCGGGAACCUACUCUCCAAAAACUCGGGAAAUAUUCGGUAAGCUUUGGGUUCAACUAUUCCAAUUUCCCGGGAAAUCUUAAUACCGCAAUUUUCCGGGAAAUAGCACUGGUUUUUUUUCCAGGAAGCCGAUCCGCCGAGCAGCAGCAGCAGCAAUGACCAAGCCAUCAAUGCCGUUCUAGGUUUUCAAGAGAAAAUGAAGACAAUUAUCCAAAAUCAGAAGAAGAUCAAAGAAUCGGUCCAAUCUGCAACUCCAAUAUCAAAUGACCUGGUCGAAAGUCCCGGAUUGUUGAGGCUCAAACUUUCAACACUCAACGUGGCUGAAGAAUGGAUCGAUGAUGAUGGUGAUGCGAAGUUUGCCGCGAAGGUUAUUGAGAGGUUGAUGUUGUCGGUUGUUUUGGAUUUGGUCAAAGUGCAGCACAUCGAAUCGUUGAGGGGGGACACACCUAGCAAAUUGGGGCGUGUUCUGGCGCGUCUCGUUUGGUCCGAUCUUAACGAGACAUCGGUACGAGAUGUUGACCAAUUCGUCAAAGAGUUUUUAUUCAAGUACUCGGCAACCAACGACGAUGUGCACGGAUCACUUAUGAAUUUUUCCUCAUUUGUCCUCCCCAAAGCCAAGAAAACUGGGACAGUUUUGGGCGAUGUAACAUAUGCUGGAUAUCUUAAGGAUUCCCAACUUAUGAUUGAAGCACUUUUCCCAGGAUGGAAGAUUGGGGGAGCUCGGAUGGGCUAUGAGACUUCAUUGAUCCUCAAGAGUUCAUUUGCUUUGUGUGCCAACAAUUAUAAAGGAGAGCUAGGGGGAACAAAAAAGGUGCAUAAACGUUCAAUGACGUCUAACGAUGCGCUAAUUUUGAUGAUGCAAAAUUCGUCGGCAAAUCGCAUAAUGUGGGACGACAAACGUAAGACGAGCUUUGGACUCAUUCUUCUGAUGUGUUUGACCGGUAUUAGAAGUGGAAGUGUUCUGGACAGUAAGUUCAUUAUCUCCUUAUCUUUUAGGACACCGAACCAUUUUUUUCCAGACAGGAAGAAAUUGACGAAAGUUGCCAGAUAUGACGAAGAAGCGGAAAGGAAAAGAAGAUCGGUGUGCAUCGAUUCUUCGAAAUUCAACGUAAUGUGGGAUGGUGACGAAGUUCAUGUGUGUGUUAAAAUAUCGUAUUCGAAGACAAUAAGUUAUUGUUCCGAAGAUGCCCGGAGUUUAUUAAACGAGAAUCCGAAGUGCUCGAAAUGUGAGUUUUGCUCUGCUUGACGCUAACGGUCCAUAAAACCAACACAUUUGCAGUUCGCCUGAUAUUUUCCUCUUUGCAAAUCGUUGCCAACGUGAAAUUUACCGUGGGAAGAUGCCGGCCAAGUUGGUGGGAUUGGUUGCUUUCGGUGUCGAACAGGUUUUAGGUGUUAGUCCAUCGCAAUAUUCAUCACGAAGCAUGCGCAAAGGUUAUGCAUCCUCGUAUCUUAUGCACAACCUUCGAAACCGGUCAACCACAGAUAUAAUCACUCGGAAGGAAGUGUUCGAUGUUUUGACAACCUGCAAAAACUGGAGCGGUUCAAGUUGCGGAAAGUAUGUCAAGGACGUUGUCAAAGUCGUUGAGGAGGAGUGUUCGGAUGUGCAAUCGGUUGGAGCACUGAGAGCGGCUUUUGAGAAGGCUCGACCAGCUGGGUGUGGAACAAGUGAAGCGAGACAAUUUCGUAUUAACUGGAAGAAGUUUUUGGACGGAACCAACAGCACUUUGGGAGUGAAAGAAAUCGUAGAGGAACAAGAAGAGGAGUUUGUAUGUUGAGUUGUUGUUGUUGGUUUUUGUGAAAUAAAAUUGGCUUCUAUUGUAAAGCUUUGUGGUUUUGUGUCCGUCCCUAUAUCGCAGUAGAAAACAUAUUCCGUAGCCAUUUCACGGUUAACACCGGCGAAAAUCUUCCUGUUCAGUGCCAAUUCUUCCCAACCAGGGUCUACACCAGAAAAGUGACUGUUGAGAAGGCGAAAAUGAGAGUGGUCGAGAUCAGGAUGGGUGCGAUUGUUGAUAGAGGAAGUGUGAAGGUGAAAAACCCGGAUUUGUUGAUUGGAACUAUUGACGUUGCAUCUGCAAUAAUCAAUGCGUUCCCCGAUUACCGUCAUGUGUGUUCUCUGCAAAGUGAGUUGAUUUUUUGUGUUCCCACAAACAGUCAUACAAAGUUACGUCGUGUUGCAGGUCUCAAGAACGACGUAGCCGGACUGGUGUUUUGUAAGAAGGCUGAAGUCAACAAAUAUCAAUGCAUCAAAAUGCAACAUUGGCUCCCAACAACCUUUUGCAAAGAAUUGACAAAAAUUUCAAGUUGUAUGUCGAAGUAGUUGCAGGGGGUGAAUCGAAAAAUUUGGUCGUUGAAAAUCUGGUCGAUGACGAAGUGAUGCAUGAUGAACUUGAUACUGUUGAUGCUCGAAAAAUUAUAAGAGUAAGUCCACAGAAAUUUUAUCAUAAAAAAUCACAUAUUUUGUUCCAGGGGUUCUCCGAAUAAACAUAAUAUGUAGUUAAUAACUAAGUACAUAAUAUGUUUCUAAAGUCUUUUUUUUUUAUUUUCAUUAUUUUGGCAAUUAAAUUGCCAUUGAAAAAUCCAAUUUUGGAAAAUUUAAUAUUUAUUCAUGAAAAUCAAUUCAGAUGUGGACACAAAACAGUCAAAAAGCAAGAAUUUGUCAAUAUUGCGGAGCUCACAAAACCCCAAAGAAUAUGACAAAGGUCACAAAAAACCAAUAUCAGUUGAAAAAAUGGAUCGAUAUUCUUCUACCAAAUUUUGCCAAAAAUAUCAAAAAUAAAGUAAUGCCAGUUCUAAUUUGUAGAACACAUUUUGAUAAUUUGGAUAACUCUUGAACUCUUUAACCGAUAGAGCAAGCAGGAUUCAGGAGAUCCUACUCAACAAUAGAUCACAUUUCAACAAUCCAAAGAAUUCUCGAAGCGAGCCGUGAACAUCAGAUUCCACUAGUUUUGGUAUUUGUAGAUUACCACAAAGCGUCGAACCAACAUAUGUCCAUAUUUUUAGCCUCUAUUCCACGAUUUUUUGCGACUUCAGCUGAAGUCGCAAGCGCCAGUUUUCAAGAAAAAAAUAAUCGAUAGGGUACUGUAGUUCUCUUGAAUUCUGUGCAAACACACAUUGCGUACGGUUGGCAUUGCAUUUGAAAUGACGCGCACUUAUUUUUAUUUUUUCUUUUCUUCGGUGUUUGAUUGUGAGGCUUUUUUGUUCGAAAGUUGAUGUUUUUCUCAGUUUUAGCGUAAUGAAAAAUAGUCUGACAACUUUCAGUUUAUAGAACGUGAUUUUGGGCUGAAAUAUUAUUAAUUUCCCAAUUUGUUUUUUACAGUUGUAAAUACUUACGAAAUUCCCAACACCUCUUCACAAUUCCCUCCAAACUACAAUGGAUUGAUAGCUGGAAGCGCGUGUAGUCAAGAGGUAAAUUUUCGUGGUUUUUUUUGGAAUCAUAGUACAAAUCAAUUUCAGUACACCCUUUGCUUAAAUGGAAUUCAACAAGCAGCUGUUUGCCAAAAAGGUUUUGUAUUCUAUGAGAAUGCAUGUGUUACUAUUGAAAACUCGCCUGAAUCAGACAAAGUGAAGAGUAAAUGGAAAAUGGUUAUCAAUCGCAGUCACCAAUACAAAAUAAAGUGGAAGCUGAAGAUUUUGGUUUGUUAUUUUGAUUGUGAAUUUACAAAAGUUCAAUUCAAUUAUUGUUAUUUUAUAGAUCGAAAGAAGACGGAACAUAUCAGAACGAUUGGAGCAAUGUUGUAUUCUUCAAAUAUUCGAAUGGACAGACUUCCAAUGUUUUGUCCAUCAAUUUUAGUUGAUCUUGCUGAAUAA